CGUGUGGAAUAGUGACAUUCUUGGAUUGAAACAGACUCUCCAAAUAUGGACCAAAGUGUACCAUUUUCCAAACAAUUACGUGUGGCAACACGGGACAUCCACAGUGUAAGCGAUGCGCUCGUCAACGCUAAGCUUGCAUUCGCUCUCUACGACAGCCACGUGUGGGCCGAAGGUUUGCUGAUAUUCUACGACGUCUUUAAAUACCUCGAACAGCGUGUUCCACAUGAUUUUCUGCCACCCGAACUACAUCGGACAGCGCACUUUGAGCGAGAUCUACUGUUCUACCUUGGCGAUGGGUGGCAAGACCGGCACACCCCCAAGCCGGAAGUUCGUGCUUAUCUCGAUCACCUGCGUAAAAUCGAACAGGAGAAUGCCAACCUUCUGCUAGCUUACGUGUACCAUCUCUACAUGGGUCUGCUGUCUGGUGGGCAAAUUCUCCAGAAAAGGCGAGCACUGGGCCAACAAAUGAAUUUAUUCCGUCCCCGGACCGAUGGGCAGCAGGAAGGCGCUGCUCUGACAACGUUCGAAGAUCACAGCAUCUACGAGCUGAAGCAGCGUUUGCGCAAAAUUGUGGACGAUUUCGGGGCCCGGUUGGACGAUGAGACGCGCCAACGGAUGUUAGAUGAAAGUAGAAAGGUAUUUGAGCUUAACAACACCAUCAUUCGUACGGUGAAAGGUGUUGGAACAGCAAACCUGCGCGUUCUCAAGUACAUUGCUAUGGCAAUUGCAGCGAUCGUUCUAAUGCAAGUUUUAAUUAAAAGUCGUGUAGAUACCCAACAGGAACCAUAG